AGGCGACAGUGCGCAGCUUGGUGUAUCACAAUGGUUACCUACCUUUCUUUCCGUUCGGCAUAUUUCUCCCAGUCUCCACAAACCUCAGCCUCUUCACACAAUCCUUUUGUUAUAAGACUCUUUUUCUAAUUCCAGAAGGAGCGAACACCGUGCCGUAACCAGCAGGAUGCCGGCUCGUUCUGUGCUGUGAGGUGCAGGAUGCCACGGAGCGGCUCGAAAGACGCGAACAUCGAUAAUGCAACGCACGCAUAACUGCUGGCGCGGGCCGCGACGAAGGCCGAGGCGCCGCCAAAAGACGCCGCAACCUCGCUGGCUGAACAAUCCGUACUGCGGCACAACUCCCUUGAAUGCGCAGCAGCGGAGAGGCGGCGUUGUGGUGGCACGCCGUGGGAGAACUGACAGACGCGCGGACGAAGGCGAGGCUCCUCGGCUUUGCGGGGCUGAAGCGGCUCCCACCGACGGCGGUCCUUGCUUGACUCUGCACGCUCUGCGCACCCGGCAAGGAGAGCGGUGGGAGGUGCGUGAUGCAACCUCUCCCUCCUGGCUCGCAGGGUGGGGCGAUGCAGUGCCACAACUACCAGGUCUACAAUGAGUCUGCGCUCCCAGCGGCGACGCCUGCUCGACGAAAUCAUCGAACAUCGCCCCAUGCCGCUCUUCCCGCCGUACGCAGAAAUCUCUCACCCCAAGGAAGACGUGUGGAGCAUCGCACGCAGGAGCCAGCUUGCGGGGUGCGCGAGUUGCACGAGGGCGAGUCGCCGGUUAGGUCCCUCCACGCCACGACGACCUUCGACCUUCUGGAUGGGGGCGCUACGCCGCGCCGAUCAACGUCGCUGAAGGUGGACAAGUUGCUGCUGCGGACAUGUCGCGGGCAGAGAGCCUUCUUACGCCAGUCACCGGCUGCCUCAGGCAUCUCGCCGCCCCGCUACAGCCACACGCUGCGCCCGAUGGAGGUAGGGGGUGCGGAUGCCGACGUGGACAACGGAUGGGACGCGGCUGCUCCACCUGCCGAGGCGGUGGGGGCGGCGGCGGUGGCGUUGCUGCAACGGAAGGGCCGCCCAAGCGCCGCAGCUCUCCGCGCGCAAGAAUGUGAGCCGCGUUAA